AUGAGGAUUGUUGGUGCCCCUCUCUCAUCUCUGGAGGAGAUCUACAAACAGCGCUGCAUACGCAUAGCUAUCUCCAUCAUCAGAGACCCCCACCACCCCUCGCAUGGCCUGUUCUCCCUCCUGCUGUCUGGCAAGAGAGUGAUCCAGAGUAAAAAUCCAGCGUUUCCUGUGGGAAGUCAUGUUGUGAGUAACAGUGGGUGGAGAACCCACACACUCAGUGAUGGGACCGGCCUCACUCCCAUCCUGCCCGAGUGGCCUAAAGAUGUGUCCCUGUCUCUGGCUCUGGGUGCCAUCGGGAUGCCCGGACUGACGGCUGUUUAUGGGAUAGAAGAAGUGUUGGGUCUAAAGGAGGGCGAGACCCUGCUGGUGAACGCUGCAGCUGGAGCGGUGGGCUCCGUGGUGGGACAGAUCGCAAAGAUCAAGGGUUGUAAGGUGGUGGGCUCGGCAGGCUCUGAUGCCAAGGUGGUUUACCUCAAAGAGCUGGGAUUUGAUGAGGUCUUCAACUACAAAACUGUGGGUUCCCUGGAGGAGGCUCUGAGGAAGGCUUCACCUGAAGGAUACGAUUGCUUCUUUGAAAACGUGGGAGGCCCUUCGUCAGAUGUCGUCCUGCAGCAGAUGAAGAAAUUUGGAAGAAUAGCUGUGUGUGGAAGUAUCUCCACCUACAAUGACAGCCAACCCCAGACAGGUUUCUUACUGCCCUAA